AGAUCCUAACUUUUUUGAUUAAAAACAUCUUUUUUCUUGAUCCGAAGCCGGCUAUUCGUUUUCAUUUUACUGACGACCAUGGUAGUUUAACCGAAAUAGGCAUGACAACAUGACUCCCAUUUCACCUCACGAAGUGAAGGCCCCGUUUUUCAUAAGACGAUCUUCGUCCUUCGAUUCCUCUUGCCCUCCAGCUCUCUGAUAAUAACAGUGAUGGCGGCUGCUGCACGGCUUUUUAUUCGAGGUGCCCACUCAACGCUUUCCAUCUACGGUGUUGGCAUCUGGAAGCAAAGUUCUUUUGGAAACGCUUUACCGAAACUGUCGGCGGGUUGCAGCUCCCGUUUAAAAUCCCAACGAAGACAUGCAGCUCACUUUACUUUCCAGCCCGACCCCGUUCCGACGCAAUAUGGUCCCACACAGAAGAUGAACUUGUUCCAGUCGGUUACAAGUGCCUUGGACAACACGCUUGCUAGUGAUCCGACAGCAGUCAUCUUCGGGGAAGACGUUGCCUUUGGAGGAGUAUUCCGAUGCACAGUUGGCUUGAGAGACAAAUAUGGUAAGGACAGAGUCUUCAACACUCCACUUUGUGAGCAGGGGAUUGUGGGAUUUGGCAUCGGUGCCGCUGUUGCUGGUGCCACAGCCAUUGCUGAGAUCCAAUUUGCAGACUAUAUCUUUCCAGCAUUUGACCAGAUUGUGAAUGAAGCUGCUAAGUACCGCUACCGUUCUGGAAACCUGUUUGACUGCGGGAACCUCACCAUUCGGGCUCCAUGGGGUUGUGUUGGCCACGGAUCCUUGUAUCACUCUCAAAGCCCUGAAGCCUUUUUCGCCCACUGCCCUGGUAUUAAGAUUGUAAUACCUCGUAGUCCACUGCAGGCCAAAGGGCUGCUGCUUUCAUGCAUUGCUGACAACAACCCAUGUAUAUUCUUUGAACCCAAGAUUCUUUACAGAGCAGCAGUGGAGCAGGUUCCAGUCGACUCCUACACCAUCCCUCUCUCGCAAGCUGAGAUCCUACAGGAAGGAAGUGAUGUCACGCUGGUUGCCUGGGGGACACAGAUCCAUGUGUUGAGGGAGGUGGCCAACAUGGCUCAAGAGAAACUAGGGGUGUCCUGUGAGGUCAUCGAUCUAAGGACCAUCCUGCCCUGGGACUCUGAAACUGUUUGCAAGUCGGUGGUGAAAACAGGGCGCUUGGUCGUCAGUCACGAGGCACCAGUAACAGGAGGAUUUGCUGCUGAAAUCAGCUCUACUGUACAGGAGGAGUGCUUCCUUAACCUGGAAGCUCCUAUUGCCAGGGUCUGUGGUUACGACACCCCCUUCCCUCACAUCUUUGAGCCCUUCUACAUCCCAGACAAGUGGAAGUGCUUUGAGGCAAUCAAGAGGAUGAUCAAAUACUAAACCUGUCAGUGCUCUGCUCAAUCCAAUCCUACUUUUUGUCAUCAUCCACUUGGGAAUGCCAAGUUCUUCACUUACUGAAUCAUCUCUCCAUCUCCAGGGCCAACUUCUGGUGGACCUGAACUCUGAACUCUCCUUGCCUUUACUCUUCAUUCAUCCAACCAGGAAAGAGUGGCCAGAAAAACACUGUUGACCAUCCAAUGAAUACAAACUAUCCAGAUGUCCUGCAUGUCCUCCUGUGUCCUCAGUUUAAAAGUCAGUUACCUUUUCUCCGCAUUGCAGAACGUGGCUCUUUUGCAAAGGAUUGACUUGAUAAACUUAAUCAACAGUGAAAUUUAGACCUUAGCUGUUAUAUAAAAUAAUAAAUUUAAUAGUAGGGGAAAACAUAUUUGGUUGAAUAUGUGACUGCCUUGCUUUGUGUGCUGAUACUCUAUAACAUGUCCAACACUUGUCUUGUCUGAUCUGUUUGUUUAUACUGAUACACCUCAUUUCAUGUGAAACUAGUCAGUGCUUUUUCAGCAAAAUAAAGUUAAGAGAUUUGUCCAGA